CAUCCACCUCCAACCCUUCCACCACUCGUUCACUGAUACUCCCAGCUCCCAUCACGAUUGAGGCUGCUUCUGCCUUUCAUCAGCUUCUGACUGCUUCGGAUUUACACGCAGCACAGAAGCUACCAUCCGUUUCCUCACUUCGUCUUGUCUAGUCUCUCACCAUGGCCUCCCUCGCCUUCGUUGUUGCUCCCACGGCCCCUUGCGGCCUGAGGCGGUCAGCCGCCUUCUCUCAGUCCGUAAAGAGCGCUGUGACCGUGCGCGCUGCUCCCGCCCGGUCGUUGAAGGUGUUCGCUAGCUCGCAACCGGAGCUGGACAAGGUCGUUGAGCAGAAGAUUGCGGAGGCCAAGAACGUCUGCGCAGACCCCAACUCUGGAGCUGCGGAGUGUGCUGUGGCCUGGGACGAGGUUGAGGAAAUCUCCGCCGCUAUUUCGCACAAGGAGGCCGCCAAGUCGGCCGACCCCCUUGAGGCGUACUGCGACGAAAACCCUGACGCUGACGAGUGCCGCAUCUAUUCGGACUAGAUUGCUGUAAAUUGAGUACGAUUUCCCUGUCUUUAUUUCUGGUUAUAAUGGAACAAUCUUCUCAAGUUUAUCUCGUGCUUCUGCGAGAUGCUCUUCUCCGUAUGUGUCGCUUUCUGCAAGUGCUUGUCUGCCAUAGCUGGGAUACCCCUGAAUAGAUGCUGACGGUCGUACUCUUUGAUGUCGUUCCAUUCCACCUCAAUUGCUGUGAUGAAAGCUCUGACGUA